AUGGACAGAAAAUAUUUGCUGAGGUGUUUGCGAAACGAUGGCUAUCUGAAGGCCGAGGUCGGGGGACUCCUAGAAAUUGUCGAAUUGGCGUCUCUGUUGAAAAGCCAUAGGGAGGUCAGAUGGGGGUUGAAUCAAAAAGAUCUGGUCAAGGACGACUUUUACUUUUUGAAACUGUACAUACUGAUGGCAUUUGAGGUUUUAAAGAGGAAACAAGAGGAAGAACUAAGGAAGCUGAAGAAGAAAUCCGAAAAGAGCCUAAUUGGCAAUGGAACUUCCGGCAUAAUAUACAGGGGAUUUUACCGAGGCAAUGUAGUUGCGAUUAAAAGGCUGUUUAACCAGGAUGACACAUUAUCCCGCUAUCGUGAGCUAAAAUACCUGCAGGAAUGCCAUUGCCCGAACAUUGUUGAGAUUGUCGGCGCUGGACCGGACCCUGCAGGUGGAUCUCUUGAGUAUAUCGUUAUUGAAUAUGCCUCGGAUACCUCCUUAGAUAAACUCCUUACUGCACGCUUCGACGGAAGAAACGGUAAACCCUGGCAAGUAGAGUACACAAUGUCACACGCAUUCCUGUGGUUUUUACACGCAUCAAACGCUCUGGAAUACCUCCACAACGAUUUCGAUCCACCAAAGAUCCAUCGUGACAUUAAACCAAAGAAUAUGCUCCUUUUUGACGACUGUCGUUUACUAAAGCUGAGUGAUUUUGGAACAACCCGAGAAGACGUUGAAGACCUAACCUCGGGCCAGAGAUUUUCACGGUAUAAGGCCCCUGAAGUUUGUGAGUUGGGGACCAGUUACAACCGAAGUGCAGAUAUUUACAGUCUCUGCGCAUCAUUCUGGGAAGUCUUUACCCGUACAGAGUAUCCGCGAUCUUUCCAACCCAUUGAAGGCUGUCCCACAAUGGUACAGGAAUUACUUAGGCGGUAUGUUGCAACAUUUUCGGCAUAA